AUGCGCAGCUUCCGGGCCACGCCUAUGACAUCACCGGGUCUUGCACGACUUCCCCAGGCUGACCCCCGCUUCCCAAAACUCAAGCAACAGCUGUUUACCGCCCGAUACGUAAAUCCUGGAAACUUCGCAAUCGGUCUUGCUAUACCCACGGAAAGGAAUCGGUCACUCUCAGUCCGCUCGAAGAAGGGCAGCGGUAGCGGCAGUGGGGAAAAGUCCGCGCCCAAGCACCGUUUCACAAUGGCUUCCCUAAGAGGUACGCAGCAGCCGGAGCUUUCGAAGAAACUGUUCAAGAUCAUCAAAUCUGAAAACCAUGCGAUUGGCGCCUACGAGGCUGCGGCACGUGAACGGGUUGGCAUUGCUCAGCAGCUCUCGGAAUGGGGUGAGGCCACAGAGGACGAGACGAUCUCGGAGAUUUCAGAUAAGCUCGGAGUGCUGCUCGCAGAGAUUGCCGAGCAAGAGGAUAUCUAUGCACAAGCGUUGGAGGAAUACCGAGGUGUCUUGAAGCAGAUUCGCAACACAGAAAGCUCAGUGCAGCCGAGCCGAGACCACAAAACCAAGGUGUCGGAUGAGAUCGCCAAGUUGAAAUACAAAGAACCUCAGAGUACUAAGAUUGUCCAGCUCGAACAGGAGCUCGUACGCGCGGAGGCACAGAGCCUGGUUGCCGAAGCGCAACUCAGCAACAUUACUCGUCAGAAGUUCAAGGAGGCAUACGACCACCACUUCGCAGCCACUAUCGAACGUGCUGAGAAGCAAAUCAUCCUAGCCAAGCACGCUCGUCGUCUCUUGAACCUUGUCGACGACACCCCCAUAGUCCCCGGCGAUGUACACCCUCCGUUCGCAGAGGUAGAAGCAGCACGCCAGGUACUCACCGACGCGGAAGACGAUCUUCGCCAUUACCAGUUGGAUGUUGAGCCCAUCCAUUCGAAUGCAGGCAACCUCGGAGUGGGUGCAAUGCCGGGAGCCACCGUGCCAGGAGUUGGAGCGGGAGAAACAAGUGGAGCCCCUGUUCCAGAAUCUACUACGUACGAGAGUACAGUACGAAAUGAGAGUCCCGUAGGCGUGCAGUAUGACAAGGCGGGUUCAGCCCCUUACCCCUUGGAGGAAGCGGAUAGAGUGGAAAGGCAGCAGCAGGAGGUUCCUAGACAGGAAGUUUCCAACGUGGCUUGA